AUGGCUGAACUAGGUUUUUACCCUUCAGUCCUCAAUCUGGAUCAUACUGAAGCUAUUUUAGGGAUUGCUGCUUCAAUCCUUGGCCUUGCCACCGUAGGCUGCCAACUCUCUUCUCGCCUCAAUGCCCUUUGCUGCGAUAUCGUCUCGGCGGGCCUCGAGAUACCCAGCGUCUCCAAAGGGGUGAUGAUGUUCUCAUUGAUUCUCAAGCAAGUUGGCCUGGCAUUACAAGCAGCUGACUCGGUGCACUCAUCCGAAGCCCUGGAAACCGCAAAGCUAAUUGCCGAUGAAUGUAAGCGGGUUUUUGAUGAGAUUGAAGGUAAGAUGGACAAAUCGACUACAAAAAGGGCAGAUGGGUCAAUGGCACCCUCAAUACAGCAGAGGUUCAAGUGGGCCUUCAAGAAGGAUAGGGUACAAAUUCUUCUGGCUCGAUUAGAGUCUUUGAAACUGGAUCUGCUGGUCAUGUUCCAGAUCCUGCAAAUGGGAAAACUCAUGGCAGCCACAUCAAACAACGCGCCGAAAGAAGAAAUUGCUGUAAAGCAUGACAUGAUUGCGCAAGAACGUGCCGAGACUCGGAACUUAGUCAUUUUCCGCUAUCUACACAUGAACCGAGUUGAUCAUCUCUAUACUAUGGCCGAGUAUGAAGAAGACGAGGAAGAAAACAAGCAGAUUGAACAAGGGGCAAAUGGAGGGUCUGAUAGCACGCAGCUUACCAUCAAGGCGACCCCUGUACACGGCUCAUCAUCUGCAUUGGUUGAACUACCCGUCGUCUCGAUGGGUGAACUGGAUACCACAUUUAGCCAGAUAAAGGAGUCUCCCAAGGACAUAUUAAGGAUCUCCGAAAGCGUCAUUGAUCCCCUCCUCAACCGAUGGACGCGAUGGCAGGAGUUUCACGACAGGCUGGAAACUCGACCGCCUCGUCGGUACUCAUCUACCGCCCAGAACUUGUACGAAUCGCAUAAUGAUAGGCCAAGAUAUCAGGACGAUUUUCAUGAUAGAGAAAAAAGUCCUCCAGAUUAUUAUCUAGAGGGGACUACUACUGAUUGGCGCAAGCCUUAUUCGCCCGCUACUAAGGAGGAAGCUGUUAGGCUCAAGAAAAAGUACGCUGAGUUACAGCCCUUCGUUAGUGCAGAGAGCAAUGAUGCGGAGAAUAAUCACCUAUAUCAAAGCCCUAAAAAGCGUGCCCCGAGCCGUCACCUUAUUGACUCUAGUAGCGAAACCUCAGAUUCUGAACCUGAGCUCCCGCGCCAACCACAAAGAAGUUACAUUGAGACAGCGAAUGACAGCAGAUCACGAUAUCCUCCCCAGAGACCUAGUCCAUCACGAUCCUUUAUAAACGGUGGCGAAAAUAGAGGCAGCUUUAACGGUAGAAGCAGCAGUUCUCCGAAUGGCCACCCCAACUCAACAACCAGAUCUUCUGUGUCUGUGCCGCGACCACCCGGAGUACAAAGACCUGUCAUCAAUCCGGUGCAAGAUCAAUAUCAACAUGCCUACACUUCUCCACCGCCACCACUACCUACAUCUAAUGCACCAGACCUAUAUACACCCCAAAACCAAUAUUCUCCUACCUCAAACACUUCACUUCAGCCUCCUUCUUAUCAUAACUAUAGCCAGCCCCAGCACUACCCCCAACAAUACCCUCCAAGACACAUGGUACCACAAGGUUAUCGGAUGGCUCUACCACCACAGCCACAACCUGGAUAUCAAGACGGCAAAGCUGCCCGGUCCUCUUCCAGAUAUUCCAAACAGACUAUGCAUAGGCAACGGUCAGUUGAAGAUCUGAAAAAGGCUGACCGAGGUGAAAGAAAGAAAAACCUGGCUAGGGGGGCCGUAGGAGGUAGUGCCAUCUCUGGGUUUAUGGAAGCACUGGACGGACUGGAUCUUUGA